UGAGCUAGUGGUAGGAGAUACCAAUGGAAAGCUGUUUGUAUACAAGAACGAUGAAAGCCAGCCUUGGACUAUGCGUUCCUGUCAGGGAAUGCUCACCUGCGUUGGUGUUGGAGAUGUAUGCAAUAAGAAGAAGAAUUUGGUUGUUGCAGUGAGUGCUGAAGGUUGGUUUCAUCUCUUUGACCUCACAUCACCCUCAAAGCACCUGGAUGCUCUGGGCCACCACGAGCUCCCAACAGCAGAUGAUCCGAAGCUGGCAUUCAAGCAGCACAUACCAGCCAACACCAAAGUUAUACUGAUCAGUGAUAUUGACGGAGAUGGAAAGAGUGAAUUGGUAAUAGGCUAUACUGACCGUGUGGUGCGAGCCUUUCGUUGGGAGGAUUCAUCUGAGAGUUCUGACAGCCUCUCUGGACAACUGGUGUUGCUCAAAAAGUGGCUGCUGGAGGGACAGGUGGAUAGCUUGUCUGUGAACCCAGAUUCUGAUGGUUCUCCUGAGAUGAUGGUGUCCCAGCCAGGGUGUGGUUAUGCAAUCUUACUCUGUACUUGGAAAAAAGAGCAGCAACCUCCUACAGAGAUGAUAGACCGUUCUGCAUCUAGCAGGGAAGGCCCAGUCCGUGAUGUCAUUCUCCACCAGACAUCAGGUAGAAUUCACAACAAGAAUGUUUCCACUCAUCUUAUUGGAACCAUUGGCAGAGAAGGUUAGCCCUGUGACCUUGAGUGCCGUUCUCUCUUCUGAAUCCGGCUUCUGCAUUUGGCAGUUCUUGUUCCCGGUUGCAGGAAGACGUCAGCUUCCAGCUUACAUGUGUGCAGCCUGCAAACCUCCUGUCUGGGCGGGCAAUUCUGCUGCCAGGUGUAGACUGGGCGAGGACCCUUGGGAGCCCACAGAUCGUGGAUUUAGUUUAAAAAUGGCCUCAUCUAGUGUCUCCACCCCUUCAAUAAUUGUUGCUCAAGGAGACCUUUAAAAUGUUUGAUGAGGCCUGUAAUUAACUUGGGCUGUUUCCAGCUUUGUGCCCCGGAGCUGAUGGGGCACCCGAUUUGGGCAUCGGCCUGUGGUCGCAGUCCCCAAGAGGGGAUUGAUUUGGGGGGAGCUCAGAUGCAGGGAGUGUGCAUUUGUGCAAAGGUACGUGCCUGUUCUUUGCCACAAUCCUACUUUUCUUUUUCCCUUUUAAUAAAAGAGCCAGAAUCCCCAGAAUGAUUGCCACUGCUUUGCAGUGCAGGGAGUGGCAAAGUCCCGUGUUCUGUUGAUCACCUUUGUGGGGAUAAUCCAUUGCUGCAAGGCUUGAUGGAGCUGCAAGGCUGAUCUGUGCUACCAAGGGGAAGAUAAAUCAUGAGAGGUUAGCAUAAGUGUAGCAAUGCAUGCCCCCCAGGUGGAGAGCGUUGUCCCAGAUUGUGGGCCACUGUUCCAUGACAGGGUGUGGGUGAAUGCAAAUAGCCUUGAGGCAAAAUGUGGGCUGUCCUGCUUAGAUAAAGAUAACCUAAUGAUUUCCAAAAAUCAGAACUCAAAGCUGGGAAGAGGGAAUCUCUACAUUGGCAUAGGAAUUUAUUCAGUGCCUUGAUUGCUUCCAGAGCCAAAAUUAUUUGAAAGAUUUUUUUCAGAUAGACCAUACCAGUCCAUGGAGGCUCUAUCGAUCGUUGUCCUAAAUAUCGUUUCACUUUUAUUCCUCAUAUGCCAUGGUGAGGGACAAAGAAGAACGUCAGUAAACUUCUCAUACCCUCUGGGAGUUCAGAAGCCGUAAAAUUAUAAAGCCACCCCCUCUCCCUUUUCUUCCCCAAGAGUCAGCAAGGCAAGGGGUGAGGUGAGGUUGCUGAUCCAGAUGAGAAUGCAAAGUGCUCUUGCAGUAGGGCAAGGCAGAGUGGAGUGGGGAAAGUGAAGGUGUGUCCCCCCAAUCUCCCCCUAGCCAUUGCUUUUCUGAGACUGCCUAGGUCUCCAAGAGAGGAGAACCACCUUUUCCUAACAGUAGCAGCUGUAGAAGAGGAAUUUGCAAGAGAUGCUUGGCAUUCAGGUCUUUAUUCUGAUAAAAGGGCUUGAAGUCCGACCCGAUUUACGGCAAUCACCUUUUACACCAGAGUAGGAAACAAACCUCUCCCUACUCCUUCAAGUCUGGCAGACUGAAAAAAUCCUCCAUUCCUGCACACCACUGAGAGAGGGGAGAGGAAACCUCUCAGUGACCUCUCAAACACUGAGACAUUUCCCUCCCCUCUCAGCAGUGUGCAGGAACAGAACUCAGAUCCUGAAGAUUUGAACUCCAUUCCUCCAGGCCCACGAAGGAUUUCCCCUCCGUCCAUGGAGGGGAGGCCAAACCCUUCAGAGGGCUUUAGGAACAUUUGAGGAUGAAAGGGUUGCCUGCCAGAAGGAUUUCACCUCCACACUCUUUCACUCUGUCCACUUAACGACCCGGGAGAUCGCUUAACGACUGCAACAGGAGUGCCCGGAUUGUGGUCAUUGAGAGAAGCAGUCACGUGGGCGUCUCACUUAAUGACCACUUCGCUCAACGAUCGAGAUUCAGGUUUCAAUUGUCAUUACGCAAGGACUACCUGUAUCUCAUUAAAUUAUGAUGUUUCUUACGUAUUUUAUCUGAGGUUAUACCUAGUAGGAAAAGUGGUUUCAUUUCAAAUUUAAAUUCCAAGAUUUUCUGCAUUAUACUAUGUAUGUUUUUCUAGUAUUUUUGAGUUGCUUUACAUAUCCACCACGUGAUAAAAUGUUCCUUCUGUUUCUUCACAUUUCCAACAUUUAUUACUGGAUGAUUUGUCUAUCUUAGACAUUAUUGAUGGAGUUGUAUACCAUCUUAAAACAUUUUGUACCAAUUUUCCUUUAGAUUAUAACCUGGUGUAAAUUUAAUAGAUUUGCUCCAUAAUUAUUCCCACUGAUGUGUUGUCACUGUUUGUUAAGUUUUGCAUCCAUUUUGUCAUACUGUUUUUUGUUUGUUCUGUUUCUGU